AUGGACUCAAAGCGCAAGGCCAAUGGCGCUGCAUCGCCCGAAAAUGACGAUCGCGCUUCUAAGCGUCGCAAGCUUGCUGAGGAGUUCGAUCUUUCCAAGGGCGAAACCCCCGAAUCGACAACUGCAUACGGUCUAGCCUUUCUUGAGCAAAUCAGGCGCACGUCGGACAAAAGGUAUGGCCGCCGAGUUGCAGGCUAUUUCGAGAAACUCCCUCCAAAGGAGGGAAAUGCCGAUUAUUACAAGCAAACACGCAUGCCUAUUUCGCUCGAGCUCAUCGAAGAACAACUUUUGGAUGGAAAGUUUAAGGACCUCGCCCAGCUUGAGAGUUACUUGAAGAGGAUGAUUUCCAACGCCAAAGAGUUCUACCCUCGAUCAAGUUCUGUAUUUGACGACGCGGAACGUGUUCGAAAAGCCGUCAGCAAUUACAUGACAAAAACCAAUCCCGCAUACCAGAACCGUCGCUAUCAAGCUGUCCCAACCCCUCUGCCGCCGGAGGAUGGUGCAGAGGAGGACGCGGAAGGCGAGGACGCUGAAGAGGAUGCGGAAGGCGAGGACGAAGAUGGAGACAACGCCGAACAAUCUGAAGACGAUGAGGACGAGGACAAUGAUGAGGACGACGCCGACGAGGAUGAGGAUGAUGUCGGUCCUCGCUCUGGAAAGCGCUCAAUAAUUCUUAAGCGACAGGGACCCAGCCGUCCCUCUCGAGGCUCCGCCACGGCUGCUCAAGAAACUCCGAAGAGGCCAGCCACAAAUAGCUCCGAUGAUCAGUAUGAGGAUGUCGAUUACAAGGGCCUUAGCUUUCAGCAAGCGCAAGAGAAAAUUGUGGAGGAACUCCUACGGCAUCAGGAGCCAGAGUAUGAUAGUCCAUACUUCGAGCCUUUCGUCAACCUCCCCCCUCGUGCUCUGAAAGAUUACUACAAAAUGGUUUCCGAUCCACUAUCUCUGAGGAAACUGCAAAAGAUUGUCAAGGGAGUACAGGGCCGAGGCAAUCCUACAAACGUCAGCGAAUUCAAAAGCUGGGCUCAGUUUGAAGAGAAAGCCAAACUUCUUUGGGCGAACGCCUACUUCUACAACGAAGAAGGCAGCGACAUUUACGUCCUUGCUCAAGAACUAGAAGAAGCCUUUUACGAGCAGUUCAAGCAGGCCACGGCAGUUGUCUCUGAGCCCGUGCAACCUAAAAUCAAGUUGAAGGUUGGCCAGCAAAGCGACCAGGCCCCGCCAGCGAAGAAGAUUACUCUCCAUGUCGGUGGUAGCCGAGGUGAAUCUGUGGACUCCCCAGCUGCAUCGGCGGGUGUGGAUUCGCCGGCCCCGGAGACCAACGGCACAGCAAUUCCUACUCCCGUUGAUAAAGCCCGCGGUCUUUCAGCGCCCGUGCCAUCUCCGAGUCCGUCGGUGCAGCCACAGCCGAAGGCUGAGGAUGGGCGUUCACCUUCACUACGUCCACCCAGCGUGGCAUCUGGGCAGCUGACCCCAAGCGGUCCUCGGCCACCAAUUCCAACUCCUCCAUCGCAGCCUACAACCUAUGUUCCCCCAGCUCCAACGACUCCUAUGGAGCAGAAGCGGUUCCGUCGCGCUGGAAAGGGCAUUGAAAGUGCGCUCCUGUCGAGGGUACGGUUGCAAGCAUUCCAGGGCUCGCCUGUAGACAAUUACCUGACCAUGACUGUGCUGCCACACCCCAAGGAAAUGCAGCAGUCCGCCACCAUCAACUUACCAUAUUCUCAUCAUCGGGCGUCACUCUCGGUCCUGCUUCCGGAGUUCCUUCAGGAUCGCCAGUACAGUCUCUGGACUCUACUGAAUAAACAGCCUAUGAAGGCCAUCCACCAUCCACUCCAUAAUCAAUCACCCCAAGAAAGGUUUUUCGAGGCGCUGUUUCACCAAGGGACCAACGUUCUCGAAACACAUCUCGUCGCAGCCAUCCCUCAACAUGAACGCGUCGUCGGCGGACCAGAGGUUGAGUUGGAGGUCUUCACUAUAUUUGUGAAUGUGCUCAGGAAUUAG